AUGUUGUCACUCAACCAAACUACUGAUAACCACCAGUGCUUCACCUUGACUGGGAUUCCAGGAAUGCCAGAGAAGGACUUCUGGAUGGCCUUGCCCCUCUGUCCUCUUUAUAAUACCACAGUCCUGGGUAAUGUCAUCAUCCUUGCUGUCAUCAAAGUUGAACACAGUCUUCAUGAGCCCAUGUAUUAUUUUCUGGCUAUGUUAGCCGCCAUGGAUCUCUGCCUUUCACUUGAUGCCUGCAUCACUCAGAUGUUCUUUAUCCACAGCUUUGAGGAAGUGGAAUUAGGUGUUCUGAUCAGGGCUUGUGUGGGCAGUAGGAUGCAGAUGAACUUAGAGAGCUUAAUGGCUAUAAUUGGGAAAGAAGUGCAUCCUCAACCCACCAUGGUAAUUGUCAAUAACACCACAUCAUCCUCUUCAACCUUCCUCCUCACUGCGUUCCCUGGGCUGGAAGUGGCUCACAUCUGGAUCUCUAUCCCAGUCUGCUGCCUGUACACCAUUGCCCUCUUGGGAAACAGCAUGAUCCUGUUUGUCAUCAUUGUUGAGCAGAGUCUCCACAAGCCCAUGUACUAUUUCCUCUCCAUGCUGUCAGUUGUUGAUCUAGGUCUGACCAUUUCAACCCUCCCCACUGUGCUUGGGGUUCUUUGGUUUCAUUCCGUGGAGAUCAGCUUUAAAGCUUGCCGCAUUCAAAUGCUCUUUGUACAUGGCUUCUCUCUCUUGGAGUCCUCGGUGCUGGAAGCCAUGGCCUUUGACCGCUUCAUGGCCAUCUGUUACCCACUGAAGUAUGCCACUGUCCUCACACACAUGAUGAUCUUGGUGAUUGGACUGGUCAUCUGCCUACGACAAGUAAUUUUCCUCUUUUCCAUGGCUCUAGCCUUGAAGAGUGUUUCUUUCCACGGAGGCCAGGAGCUUUCCCACCCAUUUUGCUACCAUCCAGAUGUGAUCAAAUACUCAUAUUCCAACCCCUGGAUCAGCAGCUUUUUGGGCAUGUUUCUUCAGCUCUACCUGUGCGGCACGGAUUUAUUGUUCAUUCUUUUAUCUUAUGCCCUAAUUCUCCGUACUGUCCGGAACAUUGUAGCCCCCAAGAAGCAACAAAAAGCUCUCAGCACUUGUGUCUGUCACCUCUGUGCUGUCACUGUUUUUUACGUGCCAAUGAUCAGUUUGUCCUUUACGCACCGCCUCCUCAACUCCACCCCUAAGGUGGUCUGUAGCAUUUUGGCCAAUGUGUACUUGCUCUUACCACCUGUCCUGAACCCUGUAAUUUAUAGCUUGAAGACCAAGACCAUCCGCCAGGCUGUGCUCCGGCUGCUCCAAUCUAAAGGUUCACGGGGCUCCAAUGUGAGGAGUCUUACAGAUAUACCUGUCAAUGCCCAGAUCAAUCCCAAGUUCACAGAUCUCAGUGCCCAGUCCAUGUAUUGUGCUGAUUGUAAGAAUGAUUAA